AUGGCGAUGCGCCGGGCGUGUGAGUACGUCGUGUCGAGGGCGCUGGCGUCGAUCGCGCGCGAUGGGGGGGGGGGCGAGGGUGGAGACGCGGGGAGGAGAUUCGUCUCGGACGCGCGCGCGGGCGCGGGCGCGCUGGAGAACGUCGAGUUGGACGUCGACGCGAUCGCGUCGUUGGGGGGGGGGUGGACGGCGAAGAUUGGGGUGGAGUUGGUCAAGGCGCGCGUGGGCGGGCUCACGGUGCGAAUACCGUGGGAAGCGAUCGGAAGGGAGUCGUGCUCGCUGGAGGCGCGGGACGUCUCCGUGGAGCUCAAGUGCGUCGGCGCUUGCGAGACGGAGGUGUUCGAAGCGUUCGAGAGCGCGGGUGAGGCGACGUCCAAGGCGUCGAUGGUCGUGCGUCAGGUUCUGAACGCGCUCUGUAAGGGUCUUCGCGCGCGAAUGCGGGAGCUUAGGAUUGUGGUGCAGGACGCGAAUGGCGUGGGCAAGCUUUUGGUGCGGCUCGAGGUGGCGGAGUACACGCACGGCGUUGGCGUGUUGUUCGAGGGACUGUCGGUUCAAAGAAUCUCCACUGGGUUGGAGUGCUCUGUUUCCGAGGCGCUGGUUCGAGACGUUCGCGGUCGAGUGCAGGUUCCGAGCGAUUUCAGUCGCAUCGAAGUUGAAUUGGAAGAAGUCGAAGCGAACGCAUCCGUGUCGGUGGUGAAAAGCUUUAGCGAUCUCGUUCGUGCUCGCGGCCUCGAGUCGCAGGGUCGUGUCAAAGUCACUUCGCAUUCACGCUUGCGACGAUCGUUCAUCGAUGACAUACUCACGAACGAUUUGUCAGCGAGCGGGUUGAGUUCGAGCGCGUACGAGGAGGCACGAGACGACAUGGGAGAUAGUGUGUACGAAGAUUCCAAUGAGGAAUUCUUCGAUGCGGACGAGGUCGCUCGAGAAAUGUCGGAGUCUGCCAUUUUCGACGAAGAUGACGUGGCGAGUACGUCGAAUGGCAACACCGUCAUCGUCUUGACUUGUCCAAAGUUUUCUUUGCACGCCCCUUUUGAUGAGACCGUGUGCACAUUGACUCUGACCGAGAUUGUCGUCGACUCAAGUAAUGGUUUAGACACUAGUUGGGCUGAUUUACGAUUCAUUUAUGGUUUUGACGAUGAUAACCAUAUCGAUGCGAGUUUCUCCUCGAGCAGUGACGACGUCGUGUGUGGUAUGGUUGUGCAAGACGAUUGCUUAUCCGUGAAACUUGGUCAUUUCAAAGCGAGCGUCAACGGAGUCCAAUGUCUCUCGUCUCUCACAAGCGAUGCAGCCGCGUCGGCAUCGAUUUAUUGGCUCGACGAUCCACUGCAUCCUAUGGAUGGAUCCUUGCCACGUCGCUGCGUAUCAGAGGUGAGGGAUGUCGAGACGGCGAAUGGUAUCAGCGCAACCCUUCGAGAGCAACUCGCAAACGACGCAUCGUUUUUCGUCAAAGUGAGCGUCCCGUGUCUCAAUGCUACACUCGGCGUUGACGCUAUCGAAGCACUUUCGGCGAUCGUUCAGUCCAUGUACGAGCUUCCAGACCAUCAUCUGUUGGCGCUUCGCACACCGACUCCCGAUUCCAUCCUGAGUCCUCUCGUGGUCGCCCUCGAAGUGGGCGCGAUGGAAAUUCAGCUCGUGAAUUCGAGUACCGCAUCAAGUCAUAUCUCUCGCGAUGAUUUCGCAGCGAGCGAGGAGUCUUCAAUCGCGGAGGCUCGCGUUUUGUGUGAAUUUCAGCAGACACGGUGCUUUCUCGCAACAAAUAUCGCGGGAUCCCUCGGUUCAGACUUCGCGUGGGCGCAGUUUCGCCGCGCAAGGGCGACGGUAGACGGCAUGGAAGUGUUGUGUGUGAAUGGUCCGGUGAGUGGAGACAGCGUCACGCCGUCUUCGGUCGCUUUUGCGCGCAUGGAAGGCAAACAAACAUGCGUAGACGCAAACAUCGUCAGGACAGUGAUUUCAGUCACGCAGUGUGAACCACUCAUUGAGCGUCUGAAUAAUUUCAUUCCGGUGACAGAGGGUGAGAUAUCGGCGUCCCCCAAUGAAUCAACGCAGUUUGCGUUGCGAUUAUUCAAUUCUUCGUUCGUGCGCAAGUUGAACGAUUCAUUCGGAGUUCUUUGCGCUGAUUUUUUGCGCGUGAACUCCAAGCAAGGUGACAGCGACGAGGGAACGGUGGGGUUGGGCGCAGAAGUAUACUGCGGCGAAACGACUGGUUACGUCGUUCCACCAGGAGUAAAGGAUACAGACGGCCUUCAAAUGUUGGUCGCGUUUCCCUUCACUCACGACUCGAUGCUCGCAGAAGGUUUCGCUCCCAUUUUCAAGGCGAAUGCGAUGUCCCUGACGACGCUCGCGUCAACGUCUAACACUGCGAUCGCCAACAUACGAACGCAUGAUUGUACCAUCACGUUACACAAGGAUACUCUGAAGGCGGUGAAUCGCUUGUUAACGCCCGACAUUGAAUGUUUCGAUCGACCAGGCACUCCAGACAGCUGCUGCGACGAAAACGAGUAUGUCUUCGUGAGUCCGGCGAAGAAGAAGUCGGGCGUUGUUCACGCGCGAUAUGGAUCGGACAUCACGGAGAGGCAUAUUGCGGAUGCUACGAGAGACCAAGGUUUGCCUCCAAAAGCCAGGACUUUGGGUUCCAUCAUCACUGAGGGGCGGCAACGGCCGCUGCUAAGUCGGUCGACGAAUACUGAAACUGGUCCGAACGUCAUAGAGAAUUUCUUCUACCGCGACACGCGACGAGUCAGACGUAAGCGCGCGCAGCCACUGUUUGCGUCUGGAAGCGUUUCCGGGGUGCGUCGGAGGAGCUCGAUUCGCGUACGAAUCGACGAUAUGAACGCGACGACAAUGAGUCAAAGUAGGUUUGCUGGUGAGUUCGGCACGUCAUCCGUGCAUAUUACGCCCCGCGCCAUGAGGCGUGUUUCCCCGAAAGAGGCGCCUGCACGUUACCUCCCGCUACCCAAAGACGCCGUCGUCCCGCAGAGCACCGUCCACUUGCACGGAAAGGCGUUUGAGGUAUGCAUCAGGCCUGGGCUCUUCUGGUCUCCAGUUAGUUCUCCGAGACACGCUGACUCUGUGGAAACUGACCCGCUCGGUUCAUCCGCGGGAAUCAAACUCUCUCUUCGAAUGAAUACCGCACGCAUCGAUUCGUUCCCUCCGCAUGAUGGAGAUGCCACGCAUCGCAUCGCAUGUUCGGUGCGUGAUGUGCUCUGUACGGAUAUCACCUCUGGAGCGACGUGGCCGAACGUGUUGAAAUACGACGCGAGUUCAGGAGAGCGGGAGGAGCGAGCGGACAUGUGCUUACUCGAUGUUACCGCGUAUUCAUGUCGAGGUUCUAACGAGUUGGAGUAUGUCGUGAAGGCUUCUUCUUUGCCCUUACAUGUGAAGCUUGAUCAACGAGUCGUCAAACUUCUUCUGGAUGUCUUUGCCAACGAGAUCGAGCCUUCGCACGUCAUGUCUGCAGAGUCGGAAGACACGGCAUACUUUCAAAAGAUUGAGGUCGGAAGCACGUCACUGCGAUUGGACUACUGCGGGCGCCAACUUGAUAUCGAUGCUCUGAGAUCCGGAAAUCUUCUCGAGGUGCUCAAUCUGGUACCUUGGGAUGGAGUGUCGCUCAACAUCGAGCCGAUACGUCUGACGGGGAUCUCAGGUGUCGCGAACGCAAUGCAAGCCGUCAUCACGAGAUGGCUUGAGGAUGUCACGCGAACACAGGCAGGGAAAUUCGUGCAAGGGGUGAAGCCGAUCAAGUCAGCGACGAACAUCGGGCGACGGGCGAUGGGUAUCGUGAAAAGGCCACUUGACUAUCAUCGCAAUAACAAGCGCGGGGGAUUCGUCGCUGGCUUCGCGCUAGGAGUCGCAUCUUUCGUCAAGGAAGUCUCACUGUCGUCCAUGGAGCUCGGGGCUUUCGCCGCGGGACAGUCCGCAGCGCUCCUAGAUGCGGCGGAACACAUGAUCGAGGAGCACUCGGCGCGAGAGGCAGAUGACGCCGAACCCACCAACAUACUCCAAGGACUUUCGCUCGCCUCCAAGGCGGCUUGGCGAGGCGCUGGUCGCGCCGCCACCGCGGUGAUCGUCGAACCGAUCCGAGACUACCGCACUGGCGACGUAACGAGCUCCAGCGCGUUCCUCGGCGCCGUUCGCAAAGUCCCAUACGCCACCGUCACGGGCGCCAAAGGUUUCUCCAAAGCAAUCGACCACGCGUUAUCCGGCGCGAUCGCCAGCGCGCGCGCCGUUCGCGCUCCGCCGUCGCCCACACCAACGGUCGACGACGUCGACAUCGACGUCAGCGACUAG